UGUGCGCGGAAACCAUCCUGAAUUGACCAAAAUUGUGACAUAACCCUCCCGUAGGAUCUCCAUACAGUAGUCUGUUUUCAGUUCUUCACUUGUUCUCUUGUCCUCGCUUCACAAGUUGGACUUUUUUCCCUUGACGCAAUGGCUUUGCCAAUUUCUGCCAUUGGGUUUGAAGGCUAUGAAAAGAGGCUUGAAGUAUCAUUUUUUGAACCAAGCAUCUUUGCUGACCCUGGGGGCAUGGGCCUCCGGUCUUUGUCUAAAGCUCAAUUGGAUGAGAUCUUAGAACCAGCUGAGUGCACUAUUGUUGCUUCACUAUCAAACCAUGAUGUUGAUUCUUAUGUUCUAUCAGAAUCUAGCCUUUUUGUGUAUCCUUACAAAGUGAUCAUUAAAACUUGUGGGACAACGAAAUUGCUUCUCUCUAUCCCUGCCAUCCUUAAACUGGCUGAUGCUUUAUCCCUUGCUGUAAAAUCUGUGAGAUACACUCGUGGAAGCUUUAAUUUUCCUGGGGCUCAGUCGUUUCCACAUCGUAGUUUCUCAGAGGAAGUAGCUGUCCUUGAUAGUCAUUUUAGCAAACUCGGUUUGGCUAGCAAGGCAUAUGUGAUGGGUGGCCCUGAAAAGUCACAGAAAUGGCAUGUUUACUCAGCUUCUGCAGAGUUGGCGAGUCAGUCAAGUGCUGUUUACACUCUUGAAAUGUGUAUGACCGGUUUAGACAGAAAUAGGGCUUCAGUUUUCUAUAAAACUCAUGCCAGUUCAGCUGCUUGCAUGACAGAGGAUUCUGGUAUUAGGAAGAUUCUUCCCCAAUCUGAGAUAUGCGACUUCAAGUUUGAUCCUUGUGGAUACUCCAUGAAUGCUAUUGAAGGUGAUGCAAUUUCUACAAUCCAUAUUACCCCAGAAGAAGGUUUUAGUUAUGCAAGCUUUGAAGCAGUCGGUUAUCAUUUUCAAUAUGUUAAUUUGGCCCAGCUACUUGAGAGGGUUUUGGCUUGCUUCCAACCUUCUGAGUUCUCUGUGGCUCUGCAUGCUGACGUUGCUGGAAUGGAACUUGGAUCCAAGUUCCCUCUGUACUUGAAGGGCUACCAUUGUGAAGAGAAGAGCUCUGAAAUGCUUGGGUUGGGUGGCUCUAUCGUUUAUCACGGCUUUGUCAGGGCUGAAUGCGUUGGAUCUCCUAGAUCAAUCCUGAAAUGCUGCUGGAGCGAGGAUGAGAAGGACAAUGACUUUGAAGAAGAUAAUUAGUUCUAUUUUUACUUAAUUUGCCUGAAUAAAAGUUGGGGUUAUGCUGUUCGAGUAAUUCUUGAGCGCCUGUCUUAUUGUUAGUUUACGAGGCUAAAUUCUGUCUUAAGAUUGCUGAUAGUAUGUUAUGCAUAUUCUCUUUAGAUUGGUAGUGUAUGUUGAUUCCCAGAUGCGGGAAAACGUUGAAAGAUCAUUCUAAUGGUAAGUUUGUGUGGUUUUUAGUA